AUGUCACUCAACCAUUAUCCUUCCUACCAACGAUCGUCACCUCCUAUUGAACAUGGGAAACUACGUAUUCAAAUUCACAGCUGCUAUUUGAACGUGCCUGUCAAACGGCCUUAUGUUGUCUUGACAAUGGGAGAUCAGCUAUACGAGACUUCGGUAUCAGAAUACCCGCAGGGUCGAUGGCACGAGAGCUUUGAGUUCAAGGUCACUUUCCAUGCCCAGCUUUUCGACACUGUUCAGCUUGAUUUAUACGACUCAUAUAUGCUGUUGCCGGAUAAACACGUGGGUCGGGCCGAGAUCCGGCUCAAAACUUUACGUGGCAUGCCAGAGACGUUUACAAGUUACUAUGAGAUUUGGGACAAACGGCUAUCAACGGGUGCAAGUUCACGCGUGGGUCGCGCCAAAACCAUGGCUACCAAUGUGGGUGCUAUUCAAGCAAAGAUAUCUUACAUUUAUCAAGAAGAUGAAUCACAUGGAGACAAUGACACUACUGGAGAAUCAAGUGGCGACUUGGCUGAUUUGGCGAAUUUAUCCAUACGUCGACGCAGCAGUGGUGGUAGCAGUAUUGGUAGUCAUGGUGUGGUGGGUCGUCGUCGUGGUAUGACAGAUGAGGAAUUGGCAACAGAAUUUCGUCAACACGUCAAACAUCAACGCGAGUCGGCAGCUAUCGCUUUUCAAAAGUAUGAGGAACAUGGCAACGGCAACAAUAGGCGACGUGGAUCAUCAGACAAAGAAUCGUUACCAGAUGGAUUGGAUUAUCCAGAUGAAAGUGAUGGAGCUGAAGAGGAAGAGGGAACCAAUACCAAUGGAGACUUGGGCGUCACCCCUCUCAAACAACCCCUGGCUCUCAGCAGAAAACGUACAUCUCAAAGCUUACGGGAACAAUCUGCACCAGUGGAUCCAACAACCAAAGAGUUACCCGACAACAACACUAAUAGCAACAAUCCAACGCCUCUACAAGCCAUGUCAAGCUGGUUUGGAUUUGGUCCUGCUGCUGAAGGGAAACAACAACAACAACCUGCUGCAUCACGAUCCGUACGUACAACUAAGGCGGAGAUGGCUGAAACAGUUAAUGUAUUGGAAGAAGAGGAUGAUGGCGUCAAGCUAUUUCCUUUGCUCAGCACCAUUGGUUCAUGGACCGUGAAUAAGGAAACAAAUCAGGUGCUCAAGGCUAUUGGCAAGUUGCUUGCUGCAUUUGGACAAGGUUUUGAAUUAUCCAAUAUCCAAAUCUUGACCGGAUUUUCUAUGCUUGAACGAUUCUAUAUGGAUUUACCAAGAGACCGGACCUGGGAUGUUGUUGAGGACUUGUCAGAAAUUGAAUUGGCAGCCUAUUUCUGGAAAUACUCGGUGGCAUCGUAUGGCUGGAAAGGAUUGAAUUUCAUUGGAAAGGGAAAUGGCUACUUUUCGGAUGCUAUGCGUGAUCACUCGGAUGUGCUUUCAGUCGUUGAAUAUCUAUCCAUCCCAAAGGAAGAUGUUUUGGCUUACGAAUUCCGGGCAGCUGAAGCUUUUCGACCAAGCUAUUUCAUCACUCGAGAUAGACCAACAAACUCGAUUGUAUUGUGUAUACGUGGUACAAUGAGUGCAUUCGAUACCAUGACGGAUCUUGUUUGCGAAUACGAACCAUGGCGUGGAGGUCUCGUGCAUAAAGGAAUGAAGUCUGCAGCCACGUGGUUUUUCCGUCAUGUCGCACCACAGCUUGUUGCCUAUUCGAAUGAGCACUCGACCAACGCCCUUUAUAUUGUCGGCCACAGUCUUGGUGCUGCUACUGCUUCAAUAUUGACGAUCAUGUUGCUCGAUUUCAUGGAUGAAUUCCAAAAGGAUAAGAAGGAAAAGUUCCAGCUCAAAUGUUUUGGAUAUGCACCUGCUUGCGGAUUAAGUCUUGAUCUGGCUGAGCAAUACAAGGAUCACAUUCAAUCGAUUGUCUUUGCGGAUGAUGUUGUCAGCAAGUUGAGUUACGGCUCGAUGAUGGAUAUCAAAGAAUUGAUCAUUGCCAGUGCCGAAGCUGCUCAAAAUCUUGGUAUUGGUCAAUUGCUGUGGACUGAUAAGCCCGAAGGAAAGCAAUGGGAAGCUGCAUUUGAGAGAAUUGCUGAAUGCCGUAAACGUUGUCUCGAAUCUAUGGAGAAUCCAAGGUUGUAUGUAGCAGGAAAAGUGUAUCAAUUCUGGCUGGAUCCAGCACCACACAAUGAUACCCGAAUUGUGAUUGAAAGAACGGAUGCUCGGCGUGUCUCGAGUGAAAUUAUCGUGAGGCGAUCCAUUGUCCUUGAUCAUCUUCCCACCAACUUUGAUUUGGCGUUUAGACGUGCUAGAGAAGCACUCAUGGUGGGAACUGGCCGCACUAGUACCGAUUCAAAGCAAGCUGGUAUCCUGGAUGAAAGCGGUCAUGAAGGCUUCAAAGAGAAAUUAGAAGAACAAGGAAUCAAAAAGACUACACAACGCACUGGAGGUGAAGGCACCACGGUACCUGAAGGAUCCAGUCGAUAG